AUGGCAUCAAACACUACACCAUCGUAUCCUAAAAAACUAAUCUUGAAGAUUUCCUCCUCUUCUUCUUCUCCAAAACUACCACCAAGACCAUCAGAGUCACCGCCACCACCACCUUCUUCUCCUCUUCCUCCUCCUGGUUUUACCUUGAAAUCUCCACUAGUUAACCAUGGGUCUUCUUCACUAUCUCCUGAACUUAAACUCUUUUAUGAUCAAAUUUUCACAUCACUACCACAGACACCACAUUUGAACCCACUUAAGAAAUUCACAAGUGAGAACAUGAAACAAGGAGUCAAGCUAGGAUGGGACAUAGCAUUCUUGAACUUUGUUAAGAAAUUUCGGAACUUGGUUGAUCCAACUAGAUUUCUUAGUAAAGUUGAAAGUCUUACUGAAGAGUUGGAGGAAUUUGGAAAACUGGGUUAUGAUGUGACCAAAGUAAGAGAAAGAUUCAAUCUGCUAAAGAACAGAGCUGAACAAGAUAAGACUCUGAAAGAGAAAGCUGAAAAACUAGAAGAAGCAAAGAAAGAGAAACAAGCAGAAAUUGAAGAAGAGAAAUUUCAUUUGAUGGAGUUAGCAGAAAAGACUACAAGGGUUGCCAAUCAAGUAAAAAUUCAGGAAUCGGAUGAGGAAGAUUUUGAAUGA